CAUUUUUAUCCACUUUUCAAGAUAUUCAAUUGUGGUGCAUCUUUCCUCUUUAUAAUUAGCCUCCUAAUUAAGUUUUCCAGUUUCAAAAUGAACUCAAAAUGUGAACAAACUUGUAAAAUUUCAUGUGGAAAUUAUUUUAAUUUGAAAUAUUUUAUAUAAAAUAAGAUUAAUAUCAGCAACAAAAAAUAAAGAUUUACUAUUUUUUGUGUUAAACAGAAAAAGUAUGUGGAUCUUAUAUUUUGCAGUUGAUGAAUGUUCUGAAUAGAUAUUGCAACAUCAUAUUGUACUGUACAUACAGUUCAAUACGGUUGUUUAACUUUCUUGAGCUCAUUUGUUGAACUUUUGAAAUUUUCAUUUGGUAAUUUAAUCAAAACAUUGAUGAAGUUUCCAAGUUAUAUGGUUGCAAUUUAAUAUUAAUAUUUGACGGUUUUUUCGAAUCCAAAAUGCAAAAGCAUUUGGAUUCAAAAUGUGUAAAUGCAUUAUCAACACUAAAUGUGACACCUCCAUAAGUCAAAGGAUCAUAAUUCAGAGCAUGUGCCAUUUGGAAAUAAGCAGUGAAGAUCAUGCACAUGCAUCAAAGUCCAACAACCAGAUACCCAGUAUUGAUCUUAUGACGUUUCUGGCCAACAAUCAAAAAGGUCUUCAGACUAUUCCUCUGCAACUGAGUGGUAACAGUGCUCAACAACUGAAGCAGCUAUCCGCAGCACCUCAACCACAGACACAACUGCCCCUUGUUUCAGGACUUUUGUUACCAAAUGCUAUAGGACAGCAGCAGUUCUUGCAGUUGUUGAGUGGUCAGUUGCUGUCAAAUAUUAACAGCAACCUACUUGCCACUAUCAAUAAUUCGUACAAUAACACUGAACAUGUUGGCCAACUCAACAACAACAAUGAUAAUAACAACAACAACAAUAACAAUAAUAAUGUCACCUAUAAAGAAAUUACAGUUCCAACAAAGCCAGUUGCUUCAGCCCUACCAUCCUCCUUAUUCACACAGGCAAUGAUUGUACCAACGCAACUUUUUGCCAACAAUAAUAAUACAAACAACUUGAAUGUAACUAACAGUAAUAAUAAUUUAAACAAUAACAAUACCGACAGCAACAACAAUAACCAACAACAACAAAAUGCAUUUACUUCACCUCUCAUUAUAAUCAGCCCUAAUCAACUUCAGCAACAACCUAUCUUUCUUCCUUCUGGUCAUUUUUUGCAGGGUAUUCAACCAAGCUUUAUAUUCAGCUCUGGUGAUGCGCUCAGUCAAGAAACUCUCCUCAAAUUGGCUCAACAACAACAACUCCAAAGUGCUUCGAACAAUAACAACAUCCCUGCAAGUCUUAAUAACAUUGCAAACAACAACAAUAGCAGUAGCAAUGGCAAUUUCAACUGUGCAAAAGACUCUGCUGAUUUAAUAAAGCUAAACAACAAUUCAUUGCUGAAUGCUGACAACAAGCAACAAGUUGUCUCAAACAACAUUUCGAAGAAGAGGAUUAAAAGGGAUGCAGAUGUUGAAGACAACACUCCUAAUAAAAAUAUGGGUUUUACUGUCAAAUUGGCUAUUCCUGAGCCAGAAGAGAACAUUGAAUUAGAAGAGUUAGAGAAGUUUGCAAAGAUGUUUAAAAAAAGAAGAAUGGAACUAGGAUAUACACAAGGGGACGUCGGAUCAGCUAUGGGCAAACUCUAUGGUAAUGAUUUCAGUCAGACCACAAUUUCUCGAUUUGAGGCUUUAAAUCUAAGUUUCAGGAAUAUGUGCAAAUUGAAACCAUUGCUGCAGUUAUGGCUUGAUGAUGCAGAUGACCGACAUCGUUUGCAAGAGGAGCAAGGUGAUAUGCACGAUAAUGGCUCUGGGUCAUCUUCAAGAAGGCGCAAGAAAAGGACGAGCAUCGAUGCUAACAUUAGAAUCACUCUAGAGAAAAUGUUUCUUGUAAACUCAAAACCUACUUCUGAAGAAAUUUCUAGUUAUGCUGAUAAAAUGAACAUGGAAAAAGAAGUGAUAAGGGUGUGGUUCUGCAACAGGCGUCAAAAAGAAAAACGCAUUAACCCUCCAUCACUGAUGAAUUCGUCAUUGCCGUUGAACAUAAGUGUAAUGGAAGAAGAGGAAGACAAUAACUUGAAGGAAGUUGAUAUGGUUCUUGAAAGUAACAACAACGUUCUCAACGGUGACGCCACGACAACUCAAUUUAAUGAUGCAAGCGGUGAAAUUAAUGACUCAUUCAAUGCUCCUUCUACGUCAUUAUGUUAUACGAUUGCCCCGAAUAUUCAUUCGUCGUUAAAGUGUGAACAGUUUUCUGAAGCUAAUAUUACGAAUAGUUGACGUAGUUUUGUGAUUUGAUCUUUGUAAAUAAUUGGUUGUGCACGUCAAA